AUGUCUUCCGCAACAUCCUACCUCAACAGCCUCUUGAAGACCGACUUGACCGAUUUUGCUGAGACUUCGUCAUUGUCCAACUAUGCAGGACUUCGAAAAGCCGAGCUCGCCGAGAAGCUGGACGAUCACCUCAGACGUAAUGCUACAACAUACUCGAAAGAGCCGUCGCUGAGCGAAUACUACAAGAGACUCGGGUCGACAUCGACAACACGAUCGCCCGUCAAGAGAAUAGCGGAGAAGGUAUCUGAUAUUGUCAAAUCUGACGACGACGAUGGAGCUACAUCUUCGCAUGCGCCAGCGACUGCGCGCAAGCAAAGGAGAAGGACGCGCUUACCAUCAGAAGACGGCAGUACCGACGCAGAAAACCCAGUGUCAGCACUGAUCAAAACACCAGGCAAAGAAAUAGCCCGUCGUGCCUCCAUUUUAGCGGGCCAGAUACCACUACCGCCAUCUCCAGCAGUUGUUACAGAUGCUAUCGACCAGCAGACGAAACGAAUAAGGACAUCAAUCUCUCAUGCUUACGAAAGAGCUGGAUUUGAAGACUACAGCGACUACGCAAGAGAACUUCUCAGCUCGACGGCGACGAUCAAUCUGCUGGCUAUUCUGAUUGAAGCCAAUGGACUGCGAUCACAAAUCAUGCCCAGCAAACCUAUUGCUGAGAUCGGACCCAUUUCUGGCAUUAAGGACACCUCGACCAGAGUCCUGGUUCCGGAUUUGUUCCAGCUUUUGAACAUGAGCUUUUGGGCACCUUUCUCUUUGUGGCUCCUCACCACACUGAUUUUGCCUGCACUGACGUCGUACUUCGUUAACCUACCAUUGAGACAAUUGCCAUCGCACAGUCCAGCAAGAAGAGCAAGUGUCAAGAGUAACCCACACGUUCAGUUCGACCCAUUUAUCUUCAACCUGGCCAAAGGACUGAUCGUGUAUCUGGUAUACGCAUCACAUUUCCAACCGGUCGAAGUCUAUAAGCAUGCCACCAUUGCAACAGUACAUGCAAGUGUGCCGGGUGGUUACCAAGGCAUGCUGAUCAGCUCUGGGCUCGGUGCGGCUGUCAGUCUCUAUGAGGCAGUCUUGAAAAGGUGA